CAGGAAGCAAUGCUUAAAUUUACUUUCAUUUUCUGUUCCCCCAAGAAGCGGCCGCUGAGCCGUUCGGUGGGCUGGGGGCUGAGGGUCGAUGGCAGACCAGGAGCUGCUGAGAGCGCGUGCCGACUUUGUGAGCCGCGUGAGGAAGGCUGUGAUCUCCAAUCUCCUGGAUGAGCUGCUGGCCCACAGGGUGCUGAACCAGGCAGAAGUGGAUGAGGUGCAGGAGGCCAACCCAGUGACAACCGACAAGGCCCGGAGCCUCAUAGACAUUGUACGCCUGAAGGGCCCUAGGGCCAGUGCCAUCUUCAUCGACAGCCUCAGGAAGCACGAUAGCAACUUGGCGGAGCAGCUGGGACUGAGUGCUGGUGCAGAGCCUCCUGGUGCACCGCCGGCUGCCCCCAGCACUGCGGGCUCCUCCGGCCCCCCCAUUAGCAGCCAGAACCUGCAGUGGACCCUGAGCGAGUACCAGCGCUUCAAGGAGGCAGAGGGAGAUCAGAUCUAUGACAUAUUCCUGCCACGGGAAAAACGAACCCGUAGGGCCUUGCUCAUCUGCAACACCAAUUUUGAGCACUUGAGCAAGCGGGACGGGGCUGAAGUGGACGUGAAGGAGAUGACAAAGCUGCUAGAAGGGCUGGGCUACAAUGUAGAGUGCCAUGAAGAAGUAACUUCCCAGGAGAUGAUCACAGUCAUGAAGAAUUUUGCAGAUCACAAAGAUCAUUGGACCUCUGACAGCACCUUCCUGGUGUUCAUGUCACAUGGAGUCAGCACUGGGAUCUGCGGGACCAAGAGUAAUGGGACCACAGACAUCCUCUCCUUCAGCACCAUCUACGAGAAUUUCAACAACAAGCACUGCAAGGCGCUGGUGGGCAAACCCAAAGUGGUUAUUAUCCAGUGCUGCCGCGGAGACAACAUAGGAUCUGUGAUGGUAUGUGACUCCAUCGACCCUGAGAUGCCCACUUUCACCUCGGACGGCUUUAGGUCUGUACAGCUGCAAGGUCGUAAAAUCAGAGAAACUCACCUGGAGAGUGAUUUUGCCACUUUAUAUUCCUCCACACCUGAUACUGUCUCCUGGAGAUGCCCCAAAAAAGGUUCUCUUUUUAUCCAGAGACUGGUGGAGCAGUUUCGAAGCCAUGCCUUUAACAGUGACUUGCAGGAGAUGUUCAGAAAGGUCCAACGUUCCUUUGAAAACUUUCCUCGGCAGUUGCCAACACAAGAGAGGACUACAAUGCUCAAGAAGUUCUAUCUCUUCCCAGGCCUCUGAUCUCCUGCCCAAGGCAGCUACAGAGCCAGAACAAAACAGUCUUCAGUCUUCUCUUCUUCCUCCCUUUUGAGGCAUCUGAACAACCUCAAACUGACCAAAUUCUUGCCAGGGAGCAGCAAAGACACUCAGCAAUAGAACACUACACGCACACCUGGACCACAUCUCUCUUUACCACCCCAGCAAAGGCUGUGAAGCAAGCAUCUUCCCAUUGGUGGCAGAUACCAUCUGUCACUCUGAGAGCCACUUCUGCCCUGUUUCUGACUCAACUUGUUGACUAAUAAAAGGAUUAGAACACA